AUGACUGCGAAGAUUCUGGCAAGCGCACUUGUCGAGCAAGAAGCGAACGAGCGAGACCAUUGGAUUGUAACCGUCUUUAGUAGCGAGCGAGGCCGGAUGGAGCCGCCAGUCUUGCUAAACACGUCCACCGUGGUUGUGGCCGAGUCCAUUCACGACAGGGCCAUGCUUGGUUCUCCCGUAACAUGGAGUGGCAUGUAA